UCGUCUACUUCACUCUCUCUUUUCCACCCAAAAGCCUUUACAAAUGGCAGCUCCAUUCAGAUUUGACGUCCCUGCACGCUCCGAGUCUAAUGGCGAGGACAUCCUCGACAACAUCCAGGAUCGCCGUGUCCUCGGCUAUGACCCCCUCGUCCAACCCGCUCUCCUCCGCCAUGAAAUUCCCCUGUCACCAGCAUCCCGUGAAACAGUUGCUACAGCUCGACGCGGAGCUGCCCGCAUUCUCGCCGGUCAGGACGACCGUAUCCUCGUCGUUGUUGGCCCCUGCUCCAUCCACUCGCCCGAGCAAGCCAUUGAAUACGCCAAACUCCUCAAGAGCAAAAUCCCAGACUGGCAAAACCUUUUGAUCAUCAUGCGCGCCUACUUUGAGAAGCCCAGGACGACCGUUGGAUGGAAGGGAUUGAUCAACGACCCUGAUAUCGAUGGUAGCUUCAAGAUCAACAAGGGAUUGAGGGUGGCGAGGAAACUGCUUUGCGAAUUGACCGAGUUGGGCGUGCCAGUGGGAUCUGAACUGCUGGACACCAUCUCACCGCAGUACAUUGCUGACUGCACUGCCUGGGGAGCCAUUGGUGCACGAACAACCGAAUCCCAGCUUCACCGAGAGCUUGCUUCCGGUGUCUCCUUCCCUAUUGGUUUCAAGAACAGCACUGAUGGCGGCGUUCAAGUAGCCAUCGACGCCAUGGCCUCUGCUUCCAACCCCCACGCUUUCAUGGGUGUCACCGAGCAAGGUCUCGCCGCCAUCGUCAAAACCCGUGGCAACCAAGACGUCCACGUUAUCCUCCGUGGAGGAAACUCGGGACCUAACUACUCCGCCGAACACGUCGCCAAGGCCGUGGAGAACAUCGAGAAGAAGAGGAAGGGCGUCUUCCCAAGUAUCAUGAUUGACUGCAGCCAUGGCAACUCUUUGAAGAACCACGCCAACCAACCCCUCGUUGUCCACUCGAUUGCUGAGCAGCUCCGUGAUCCUUCCCCGGAAUCCAAGUCUCGACAUAUCACCGGUGUGAUGAUCGAGAGCCACAUCAAUGAGGGAAGACAGGAUGUGCCGGCGGAGGGCAAGGAUGCUUUGAAGUAUGGUGUGAGUAUCACUGAUGCCUGCGUUAAUUGGGAGACCACUGUGAAGAUGUUGGACGAGUUGAACGAGGCUGCUGGAAAGAGGAGAGAAUUGCGCGGUGCUGUUAAUGGUGUUCAUUAGAGGACAUGCGAGAGAUAGGAUGCCUAUGCCUCCUGAUUAGAUACCAUCUAAACCCUUUCGAUGUAUUUGUAUGCUUGUAGUGUUAUCGCGUUCGAUUUCGCUGUAUCAAGUG